AUGCCAUUUUUGCACAUCCCCACUCUCAACUUCGAUUUUUCGACUUGUACAAACGAUGGACGAGGCGCUGGUACCUCUGUCGAAGGACCUGGGUGUCUCACACUUUCAAUGGCUGCUAUCGGUGCACUAUAUGUAGGAGAUCAUCUACAAUCGAAAGCGUUAUUUGAAUCUGCGAAGAAGAUGCUACAACUCUACAUAGAAAUCCGGCGUAAAGCCGAUGUUCGCAGAGCUGACCACCGUUCGAGAGCUUCAGAGGCUUCUACCCGCACGCCAGUAUUUUUGGCACAGGCUAUGCUGUUGAACAUUAUCUACGGUUUCAAUUCCGGGGAUAAAGUAGCAGGCGAAAAUGCCCUAAUUCACUGCGCAACUUUGGUCAGCCUUGCUAAUGCCGUCAUCAAGCCGCCGCCUUCUGAUAAUGGAUCGUCACAACAGGAUGUACGGAUGAAUGAUGAUGAUUCGAUGAAUGGCUUCAUCAAAACUGAGACUCCAGACGAUCAGCAGGAGUGGCUUAAUUGGAAAACUGCCGAGGAGAGUAAACGGACUUUAUACGCAAUCUUCAUACUAUCCAGCAUGCUUGUGUCCGCCAUCAAUCAUGUACCAUUCUUGACUAAUUCUGAGAUUGAAUCGGACCUACCUUGUGACGAAGAAUUCUGGUCAGCUGAAUCUGCUAAUAGCUUCUAUGCUAUGGGUGGUGUGGAAAUGGCGAAUCAUAACCAGAUCACGUUCAAGGCUGCUCUGGGUGAGCUACUGCAGGCCAGCGAUAAACAACAAUACCAACAGGCGCAAGCUCAACAUUUUGGAAAUGGGAACAAUGCCCAAGAAUUUCCCCAGAGUGAUUUGAAGCCAAGCACUUUUGGAUGUUUGAUUCUGAUUAAUGCACUGCAUAACUACAUCUGGGAAACCCGACAGAGACACGCCGAACAGGAGUGGACGAAUGAGGAGACUGAAAGAAUGUAUCGCCACAUUGAACCUGCCUUGAAAGCAUGGCAAUUAGCAUGGCAACGCACUCCUGGGCAUAGUGUGAAACGUCCAAAUCCAUAUGGGUUAGGACCUUUAUCAGCCGACAGUGUUCCUCUCCUGGACUUAGCAUACUACCCCCCACAAAAAUCAGAGGGGCCUUCCAAGCGUGAACGUCAUUUCAAAAAAGCAGCUCAAUAUGCCGCAGAUUUUCUUUCAAUGUCAAGCCAAUUUGGUAUUACUUUUGCCGACUUCACAUCUCGGGAACUCCCUUUACAGGCCGCCAUGUGCGCAUUCGAUUGUGCGCAAGUAGUAGCUGAAUGGGUUACUCUAGUGCAGGAACGCCUCGGACGUUACAUUGGAAUUCUAGGUCAUACCGACGUUGAUUUUAGCAGCGUGCCUGCUAUCAUGUAUCUGGAAGAAGAAGAUGUCAAACUUUUGGAAAAGAUUAAAGACGUCGUCGAGAGCGCUGAAAUGAAGAUGCAACUUGAACAAACAAAUGCUCACAUGAAUGGUGGUCAGACAUUUCCGGCAUUGGAUAAUUGUGGAUUUGGAAGCAGAAUCUUAAGAGUGACUGCUUUCCAGCUUGAUAGGGCUGCAGUUUGGCAAGUAACCCAUCUCAUGGCACGAGCUUUAGAAACGCAAGCUAUUCAUGUGCAAACACGAGCAGAACGCUCUAGUCAACCAAAAGACCAUUUUCUGUGA